AUGUCAGCAAUUGGUGAUCCUGGCAUGAGAAGAGAUGGCCUUAGAGUGGCAAUUGAGCCAUGGAAUCAGUGCAAUGAGGUUGGUGAAGAAGCUCCCAACAUGGGGAGUCUCAGGGAGGCCGAUUGCUUUGAUGUUGAUAAUUCUACAUCACACAUCAAGCUAGCUCACAGGGUGAAUGAGAAUGUCAAUAAACAUGGCGUGUCAAAUGCCACAAACCAAGGGUUAGGUGACAUGAAUGUGAAUCAGUAUGCAGCAUGGAAAGAGAGAUACUUAGGGUACAAAUGCCAAGUGCAAGACAAGCCAAAGCCAUGGCAAUUUUGGAUGAUAAUGCUCAAGAGUGGUAACAUGGACACCAUGGCUGCUGUAUGCCCUGAAAAUGGCAAGAAAUCCAAACCAUUUCCACCGAUACCUCGGUUUCCAUGCUUUGGCAAAGGCUGCAUGAACAUGCCACUGAUAUACCACAAUUACACAAGUGUACAAGGAAGAAAUCUAAGAGGAAGGUUCUAUGGAACAUGGGAUUUGGAUGCUGAUGUGGCAAAGGCAGCAAGAAAGAAUGUCACUUCCUAUUAUUCAGUGACUUGGAAGAAGAAGGUUGGAAAGGGAAGUUGGAUUUUUCAUCAUGUCUUGAAGACAUCAUCAAAGUACCCAUGGCUGAUGCUAUACUUGAGGUCAGAUGCCACCACAGGAUUCUCUGGUGGCUAUCAUUACGAAACAAGAGGGAUGUCGAAAAUAGUCCCAAAGUCACCAAAUUUCAAAGUGAGAUUCACACUAGAUGUAAAGAGAGGAGGGGGUCCAAAUAGCCAGUUCUACCUCAUGGACAUAGGUAGCUGCUGGAAGAACAAUGGACAACCUUGCAAUGGGGAUGUCACAACAGACGUUACCCGAUACAGUGAGGGAGUAUACGGAUAUCCAAUAAGAAAAGGUGAGAGUUGGAUUGGGGAUUCAAGAACUUGGGAACACGACGACGUUGGGGGACUUUCACAGGAACUGUACUUUUACCAGGAUCCAGGCACUAAGCCUGUGGAAAGACAUUGGCCAUCAAUCGACUUGGGAACUGAGAUAUACGUCAGUGGCAAUGAAAUUGCUGAGUGGACUGUCAGUGACUUCGACAUUAUAGUUCCAACGGAGGAUAACAAUUAG